AUGGAUAAAAGCAGUGAAGGAUGUGUGAAAAAGAUUAGCAAUGUGAAUCUUGACAAACUGAUAAAUGACUUCUCACAAAUAGAAAAGAAAAUGAUAGAAACCAGUGGAAAGAACAAUAUACUGGAUAUUCAGUUGGAAAAGACUAAUAGUUUAUUAAAAGUAAUGCAAACAAAGGAGGUCUCAAUUAAAGAAGAAUGUGCUACUCUUCAUAGUAUGGUCAAAGGACUACAACAGACCAUUGAAUAUCAACACAAUUUGAAAGAUGAAAAUGAACAACUAAAAAGAAAUGCUGAUCUUAUAAAAGAGAAGUUAAAAUCUCAUGAACAGGAACAUAAGAAUAAUAUUGCCAAACUUGUGAGUGAAAUGAAAAUCAAAGAGGAGGGACAUAAGAUAGAAAUGAGCAAACUUUACCAGGACAUGCAGAAAAAAAUUGAAUUAAAUGAGGAAAAGCACAAAGAACUAAUAGGGAAAAAGGAAAUGGAAAUUUCAGAGUUAAAUGCAAAGUUAAGAACUCAAGAGAAUGAAAAACAAAGUGAAAUAAUCAAGCUACAGCUGGAGUUUGAUGCCAAACUAGCAAAAGUUCAGACUAAAUCAAAAUCAUAUAUGGAUUCUGCUGCUUUGCCACAGAGUAUCUACCGAAGGAAGCUUCAACAUUUUCAAGAAGAAAAAAAUAAGGAGAUUGCAGUUCUUCGUAAUACCAUUCGUGAUUUAGAGCAACGUCUUUCUGUUGGCAAAGAUUCUCACUUUAAGCGAAGACGGUUUUGACUGUAGCAGCAAAUUCCUUAGCUGCUAUUUAAUUUCUUUAAGGAUGAUUGAAAAUUUUCCUUCUACUUUCAGUGUAAGCAUACCACUUAAAUAAUAAUACACAAAAAAUUUUCAAACUUUGAAAAAUUGAGUUUAUUUAGACAAAUCCCUACCUUAGCCAAUUUGGUGCUGCAUUCUUGCUUAUUUGUAUUAGCCAUAAAGGAGUUCAGGUUUACAGGGUUUACUUUACCUAAUAAACCAUCAUGGAUUAUGGAAAUACUUUCUAAGCAGUCUAGAGAUACACAACAUUCCUUUAUCCUUUCCUUUUACAUCUUUCAAGACAGCCACUCAAAUUUUAGAAGAGUAAAAUACAAUGUUAGAGAAAGAAGACAAGAUACAAAGGCUUUCAUAUGUGAUAAUAAAAAUCGAGAUAUAAGUCCUAGAUAUAAAAAUGAUAAAUGGAUAUUUAAAAUGUAGUCAUAUGUGCUUUUUAGCAAAACAUUCAUGUGUUAAGUAUUUCUGGAUUUUAAAAUAUCUUUCUUUAAAGAUAUUUAAUCUGUUAAAAAUGUGAGAUUGAAAAGACAAAGAUAAUUGUUUUGAGAAAUAAGUAAAGAAAAAAAUGGAAAGCAUGUCUCUGUUGUUCUUCCUCCAUUCUAAAUUGCUCACUUUCCAACAAAAACCCCUAGGUCAUAGUUUAUGUUUUUGUUCUCAUUAAUGCAAUUAGAACAUUGGAAAAAGAAAAAAAAAGACACCAAAAC